AUGUACAUGUCACUUAUCAUUUCAAUUAUACUUUUUUUACUUGUUAAUAAUGGUCUAACCAUUGAUUGUCCAAGUUCACCAUCAAAAUGGUGUGAAACAAAAGAAAUUGCUCAAGCUUGUGAUGUAAUUGAACAAUGUGAAGCAUAUAUUUGGAAAACUCGAACAGAAAGUGAUCGUGUUAAUUUAUCAAUUUAUUAUGAAACACUUUGUCCUGAUAGUCGAAAAUUUAUAACAACACAAGUUUGGAAUACUUAUCAAUCUAUACUUGAUAUUGUUAAUAUAACAUUUGUUCCAUAUGGAAAUGCUCGAGAAUUAUAUCGACCAGAAACAAAACUUUAUCAAUUCUAUUGUCAACAUGGUGCUGAAGAAUGUUAUGGAAAUUUGAUUCAUACUUGUAUUUUAAAUUUCUAUCCCAAAAGUGAACAACAUAUGUCAUUUAUUUAUUGUACAGAAUCAACUGAUGGUGAUGUUGAAACAGUAGCAACACAAUGUGCACAAAAAUCAACAAUUGAUUUUGAUCAAAUAACUGCUUGUACUCAUAGUCGAUUAGGUAAUCAAUUACAACAUGCAUAUGCUGUUCAAACUGAAAGUCUUCAACCACCACAUCAAUAUGUACCUUGGAUAACACUAAAUGGUGAACAUACAGAUGAUAUGCAAAAACAAGCUGAAAAAGAUCUUAUUGGACUUAUAUGUAAAUCAUAUAAAGUAACGGAACAAUGUAAAAAAUUUGUUUGGAAAAUUCAUGAUAGAAAUGAUAAAGUUAAUUUUACACUCUAUUAUGAAACACUUUGUCCUGAUUGUCGACAUUUUAUGACAACACAACUUUUAAAAACAUAUCAAACAAUUCUUGAUAUUAUUAAUAUAACUAUUGUACCUUAUGGAAAUGCACAUGAAACAUAUGAUUCAACAACGCAUCUUUAUCAAUUUGUUUGUCAACAUGGUCCUGAUGAAUGUUUAGGAAAUCUAAUUCAUACUUGUGUUCUUAAUUUUUAUCCAGCUAUUGAACAAUAUAUGCCAUUUGUUAACUGUACUGAAUCAACAUUUGGUGAUGUUAAAACUGUUGCAAGUCAAUGUGCAGAAAAAACAAAAAUUGAUUUUAGUAAAAUUACUGCAUGUACAAAUAGUACAUUAGGUAAUCAAUUACAACAUGCAUAUGCUGUUCAAACAGAAAAUCUUCAACCACCACAUAAAUAUGUACCAUGGAUAACAGUUAAUGGUCAACAUACAGAAGAAAUGGAACAUGAAGCAGAAAGAAAUUUGAUUAAACUUAUAUGCAAAACUUAUAAGGGAUCCAAUCCACCUGCUGAAUGCAAGAAAUAUAUAUAA